CGACCACCGCACCACCACCGCACGACCGCCGCACAAUUGCAAACUGUCGGCACCGACCGCCGCCCACAGCCCACCGGCAGCUACAGUUGGCAUCGACAGUGGAUUUCCAUUUGUUGAAUUUGUGUCAGCAGAAACUAUGAUCGGACUAGAUGAGCAGACCAAAUGUGCACGGAUUGUGAAGGUUUUUGAGGAUGCUUACAAAUCUUCAUUGAGCAUUGUCAUACUUGAUGACCUUGAAAUGCUACUGGAGUAUGCUGCCAUUGGGCCUCAGUUUUCGGAGUUGAUAGCUCAGACAUCGUUAGCCCUUUUGAAGCAACGUCCUCCAGAGGGAAAGAAGCUUCUCGUGAUAGGGACAACAAGUCAAGUGAGUUUCUUGGAUUCAGUUGAUCUCUGCAAUGCCUUUUCUGUCACUUACCAUGUCCCCACAUUGAAGACAGAGGAUGCAAAGAAGGUGUUGGAACAGCUGAAGGUUUUCUCUGAACAUGACGUUGAUGCAGCUGCCGAGGCUCUAAAUGAUAUACCCAUCAAGAAGCUUUACAUGCUGAUAGAGAUGGCGGCCCAGGGCAAGCAUGGUGGGGCUGCAGAGGCCAUCUACUCUGGUAGAGAGAAGAUCAAGAUUUCUCAUUUCUACGAUUGCCUUUAGGACGUCGUUCGUUACUAAGAUACAGCUGACCACUGCAGCGUCCCAUAUGACUAUUCUUUUCACUUGACAAUCUGUAUAUAUCUUUUCCAAACUUUUAUUUGCUAAAAUGCUUUGCACUCGGCAUGAGUUGUUCAUUUGUUGAGUAGCAAACGCUUGUGAUUUUGUGAAGAAGUUAACCGACGGUUACAUGAAAAAACACACUAGUCCCUAUGAAUUACAGACUCUUGUUUUGUGGUA